AUGGACGGCACCUCUGCCCCUACCACUAAAUCUGGAGCUGCCAAGUUAAUUAAGAAAAAUUUCCUUGAGGCUUUAAAGUCAAAUGACUUCGGAAAAUUGAAGGCCAUUUUAAUCCAAAGGCAAAUAGAUGUCGACACAGUUUUUGAAGUUGAAGAUGAGAAUAUGGUUUUGGCAUCUUAUAAACAAGGUUAUUGGUUGCCUAGUUAUAAAUUAAAGUCUUCUUGGGCAACAGGCCUGCAUCUCUCUGUCUUGUUUGGUCAUGUGGAAUGUCUUCUGGUGCUACUAGACCACAAUGCUACAAUCAACUGUAGACCCAAUGGGAAAACGCCUCUUCACGUGGCUUGUGAAAUGGCCAACCUGGAUUGCGUAAACAUCCUCUGUGACCGCGGAGCAAAGCUCAAUUGCUACUCCUUAAGUGGACACACAGCUUUGCACUUCUGUACAACUCCAAGCUCCAUUCUCUGUGCCAAGCAACUGGUUUGGAGAGGGGCAAACGUGAAUAUGAAGACCAACAAUCAAGAUGAGGAGACGCCCUUGCACACGGCUGCCCACUUCGGCCUCUCGGAGCUGGUGGCCUUCUACGUGGAGCACGGGGCCAUAGUGGACAGCGUGAACGCCCACAUGGAGACCCCGCUGGCCAUCGCGACCUACUGGGCCCUCCGUUUUAAAGAGCAGGAGUACAGCAGGGAGCACCAUCUCAUCUGCCGCAUGCUGCUCGACUACAAAGCCGAGGUCAACGCCCGGGACGACGACUUUAAAUCUCCCCUGCACAAGGCAGCCUGGAACUGUGACCACGUGCUCAUGCACAUGAUGCUGGAGGCCGGCGCCGAAGCCAAUCUCAUGGAUAUCAACGGCUGUGCUGCCAUCCAGUACGUGCUGAAGGUCACCUCCGUGCGACCUGCCGCCCAGCCUGAGAUCUGCUACCAGCUACUGCUGAACCAUGGGGCUGCUCGAAUAUACCCUCCACAGUUCCACAAGGUGAUUCAGGCCUGCCAUUCUUGUCCUAAAGCAAUUGAAGUUGUAGUCAAUGCCUACGAACACAUCAGGUGGAACGUAAAGUGGAGAAGAGCUAUCCCUGAUGAUGACUUGGAGAAAUACUGGGAUUUUUACCACUCUCUCUUUACUGUGUGCUGCAACUCUCCAAGGACUCUCAUGCAUUUAUCGAGAUGUGCCAUUAGAAAAACGUUACACAACAGAUGCCACAGAGCAAUUCCUUUGCUUUCUCUCCCAUUGUCAUUGAAAAAGUACUUGCUUUUAGAGCCAGAGGGAAUCAUUUAUUAAGCCUUAUGAGACAGCAGUUCCCAAUCCUAGAUAUUUAAGUGGACU